AUGGAAGUUCCCAAUACCAUGUGGGGAUUUCGCUCAUCAUCAACAUUAGCGAACAUAUUUCUCCUUCUCUUAGUUGCCAUGAUCUUUUCAGUAAGCCAUGUUUCAGCUUCUAAACAAUUUCAAAAUGAAACUGAUCGUCUUGCUCUGCUUGAAUUCAAGAAGCAGAUAUACAAUGACCUGCUUGGAGUGCUGAACUUCUGGAACCAUUCACAGCACCAUUGCCAGUGGGAAGGAAUCACAUGUGGUACUCGACAUCAGAGGGUUAUAGCCUUGACUCUGAGGCAUAAGCACUUUUCCGGUAUUAUAUCUCCUCUUGUCGGAAAUCUAAGCUUCAUGAGGUUCAUCCAUCUUGAGGAGAAUCAAUUCCACGGUGAGAUUCCCCAAGAAUUCGGUCGCCUCUUCAGGCUGAGAGUCCUGAACCUACCAAUCUUUAAUAGUUCAGCCGUUGUUGUGAUUUCAGUAGCUGGCAAUUCCUUGCAUGGCAAUCUCCCAACCAACAUAGGAGAUCUGACGAAUCUUCAAUUACUAAAUCUUGGUAGCAAUCUCCUCGGCAGUCAAUCUACAGAAGACUUGGAUUUUAUUGCAUCAUUGACCAACUGCAGCAAUCUAAGCGUUCUUUCCUUGAGUGUGAAUAAAUUUGGAGGCAAUAUGCCUAAAGCCAUGGCCAAUCUCUCAAAUCAACUCACUGAAUUUUACGUGGGAGGAAACUAUCUAUCAGGAACUAUUCCAGAAGGAUUUGGAAACUUUGUCAACCUAUAUAAACUUGGCCUUGAAUUUAACUCUUUUUCAAGGAUUAUUUCAAGAGAUUUUGGCAAGUUACCAAAUUUGCAAGGAUUGCGUCUAGACCAUAAUGACUUGUCAGGACAGAUAGUCUCUACCUUAUGCAACAACACCAGUCUAUACUAUCUGGACUUAUCAUUUAACCAGUUUGAAGGGGGCAAUAUACUUGACAAUGUUCUUAUGAACUGUCAAAAUUUGCAAUAUCUGGAUAUAUCUCAAAACAACUUCACUGGAAUUAUAUCACCACAUUUUCUGGAGACUCAUUCAUCAUUGAUUUACAUGGGAUUAAGUGAAAAUUCUUUUACUGGUUCUCUGCCUCGUGAAGUUGGAAAGCUUAUACAUUUGGCUGAUUUCAAUGUUUCCCACAACCAACUUGUUGGAGAUAUACCCAUGUCACUUGCUGAUUGUUCAAAUCUGGAGAAUCUUUUUAUGCAAGCCAAUUUUUUCCAAGGAACAAUUCCACCAAAUUUGGCUUCUUUGAAGAGCAUCCAGCAAUUAGACCUUUCAAGUAAUAACUUGACUGGUCCAAUACCCAGUGAUCAAGGGGAAAAACACUGA